AUGCCAGAUACUCUAUACAACUUAUGCAUCGAAAAAUAUUCAAAUUCUCUUUGUGAAGGACAGCUACAUCUGAAAAGAAACGAUUUGGACAAUAAGUUAGGUGUCGCAGUAUACGAGAAUCUUGCACAACCAAAACGAAAUACUCCUCCAGAAGUUUUCGAGAACUUUGUUAGAAGUUACAAUUUCGAUAGGCUCAAGUGGAAUGUUUGUAAUAAUGAUGAGGAAAGUUAUUGGACUGCUCCAAGUACGCAAAUUUUGAAAGAGUUUCAAUUAUGUACUCAAGAUCGUAUUGAUGGAGAGAAAAUUGAAACUUUACUGCAAAAGAUGGUUAAUGAGACUAGCCGGCAAACAAUGACCAGACUCGAGAUCCGAUGCCGCGUAGUUGAUUUAGCUCUUUUCAAACGUGGAUGGAUGAAAUCUAUAGCUCAAUUUCUACCGAACCUCCAAUUUUUAAGCCUUUACAAAGUUCAAUUGGGGAAAACAGAAUUCGCAGGCCUCUGUAAAUCAUUGCCAACUUUGAGAGGUUUUGAACUCCGAGAAUGUCGAGAUUGGAAUAUUGAUGGUAUUUCGCUCUUGUCACAUCUGGAGCAUCUAUGUCUACGAAGAAAACAAUUCACGCUCAGCGAAUAUUACGAGGAAAUUUCCCAAUUGCCAAAAUUGAAAAGUUUGGAUACUAAUGUUGGUUUAUUUUAUCAAAAUGACUUAUCAGUGCGCAAAGAAGCAUUUCCGGCCCUGGAACAGUUGGAUAUUUAUUGCAGUCGGGUUGACAUUUCAUGCUUUAAAAAUUUUGUAGAGACACAUCCAAAAUUGAAACAUGUUAACUUGAUUUACACAGAUUUAAGCGAGCAUGCGGACUUCAAAAACUCGAAUACCAAGUUUUUAACAACUGGAAGCUUGAAAAGUUGUCUUGCAUCACUCGAAUUCAAUGGAAGGCCGGAAAGAUUCCCUAAAAUUUAUGAGAUUAUCAGACAAAUGCAAAUUUAUCUGCACAAUUAUGAGCAGCAAUCAGAAGACAUUUUGAGAAAGUGUCCAGAAGUGAUGAUUCGAUCUUGUAAAAAGGUCAAUUUGCAAUUCCAACUCUUGAUAUCAACAGUUCGUUGUUUGUGGCUACUAUUAAAGGAUGGUCGCUCCGAGAUAUUCACCUUUGAAGAGAAACAAAGUGUUUUGAAAUUUCUGCUGUAUGAGAGUAAUAAAAAGGAUCCAAAAAACGGAAAACUGUGCUUCAAAAUGGUAGAAGAGGCAUUCAAGGUGUUCUGCAUCCCAGAACUAAUCAAAAACUCUAGAGAAAAUGUUGACUCUAUUUUGAAGCUUGCCGAACAAUUCUGGGCGCAAUCAAUACGUGGAAACAGGUUUCCAUUGAACUGUUUGAUGGCUGUAUCGACAUGCUUGAAGUUAGUGACACCGGAUAAGAGAGAAAAACUGAAUUAUGAGGUUACAGCAUCGAUUAUCAGAUACGCGAAACAAGCAGUAUUUGAUAAUGAUGAAGUACAUCUGGAAUUGCUUCGAGUUGUUCGACUGUUAUUGAUGUUUGAGAUAACUGAAGAUAACUGGAACGAUAAGAAACUUCUGAAAGAAUCUUUGUUUGGUUUAUUGAUAGAUAUGGAUAAAUACAACAAUGAAGUAGUUCAAGUCCAGAUAUUAGAAGUUUUGGAGAUUUGUGUGCAGAAAGUGGAAAGAAAGCAUCGGCUCUGUCUUUUCCGCAAAAGCGUCUUUUUCAAAUUGGCAAAAUUUCUGCAACGCAAUGAACAAGUACAAAAAGCCGCUGUAUGUUUAUACGUUACUUUGAUGAAAAUGGAUGAUUUUCUUAUCACUGGUUCGGAAGAAUUGAAGAUCACCAUUUUGAAUUGUAUACAAGGUUACUAUAGACCGGAUGACCCUGAUGACUUGGCCAUUUUUAAAUGGGUAAAAUCGUUGUUCAGUAUUCCUGGAGUUGUUGUAUGGGCAAAUUGGGUUUUGGAGAAGUUUGAGGAGAUCGAGGAGCCAAAAGCGAAAAUUCGGCGAAAGGAAUAA